AUGCCUCUCACAAAGGAUCUCCUUCAUCCCUCUCCAGCAGAGAAGAAGAGGAAACACAAGAAGAAGCAACUGGUGCAGAGCCCUAAUUCCGAUUUCAUGGAUGUGAAAUGCCCAGGAUGCUAUAAAAGUACCACUAUCUUUAGCCAUGCACAAACAGUAGUUUUGUGUGUUGGCUGCUCUACUGUCCUCUGCCAGCCUACAGGAGGAAAAGCAAGGCUUACAGAAGGCUGCUCCUUCAGAUGGAAGCAGCACUAAA